AUGGCGGGCGUUUUUCUCCAAGACAUCGUACGCUUUCCUGCCGGUUAUGAGGAGCUAUCUUCGCAGAGUUUAGAUGCUGGAAGACUUGAAAAACUCAAAACGUUAGUUUUUCAUUAUUUGAAAGACAUGGGAGAGUUUAGAGCUUUGACAGAAGAGGCAUUACUUGACAGUUGGACCUGUCUUCGUAUCAGAGCCAAGUGUCUUGAUGGACCAGUGUGUGGAGUGGAAGAUUAUCAUGAGGAAGAAAAAAGGGAUCUUGAUCUUUAUCUUGCCUUUGUGGUACUAUCUGUAUUGCUUUUCUCCAUCUCGAUCAUGUCCUACAUUUUCAUUUACCACAAAACCAAAGUAGAAGACAGAAUUAUACUUUGGAAACUAAGGAUUUACAAAUAA